AUGGAUUUUACUAUCAGCGCCCGAAUUUUAAUAUCAACUGAUUCAUUUCCCGUUAUUGGACUAAGUGUUCUUCAACCAGCACCCGGCGGCUCACUAGUCUAUGGUCAAAUCCAACUAACACAACAAUAUUUUGGUUCACCGUUAGUUAUCGAAGGUAUUCUAUAUAAUUUAAAACCAUCCACAAGUCAUGGUCUUCAUGUUCAUGAAACCGGAGAUUUGUCACAAGCAUGUUUGUCACUUGGCGGACAUUUUAAUCCUCAUGGAAAAUUACAUGGUAGUGAGAAGAGUUCUGAACGCCAUUUGGGAGAUCUUGGAAACGUUCUUACAGAUGAGUUUGGUAUUGCUAAUAUAUAUCUCGUUAUUCAAGAUGGUUCUUUAUUCGGUGCACAGGGAUGGAUUGGUCGAUCUAUAGCUGUUAGUGAAUUUCAAGACGAUUUAGGAGAGAAUAUUGACGAAGGAAGCCAGAGAAGCGGGAACUCUGGUGGAUCGUUGGCCUGUGGUGUUAUUGGUAUUAAAUAUCCUGUAGGUAGUUUACCAAAUGAAAACAAAAUGUACGAUUAUAUUCGUCAAUAA